CGACGAUCCUCCCUCCUUCCCUCUGAGACCCUGACGACGAUGAGCACCGACCACGGCAGAGUAAUUAACUUCGGCGCAGGCCCGUCCGCGCUCCCACUAUCCGUCCUCGAGGAAGCACAAACCGGGCUCGUCAACUUCGCGGGCACAGGCAUGGGCAUCGCGGAGAUCUCCCACCGCUCGAAGGAGUUCCAGGCGUUCCUGGACGGCUUCGAGCGCGACAUCCGCACGCAGCUCGACGUCCCGCCCACGCACCGUAUUCUCUUCACCCAGGGCGGCGGCACGGGCCAAUUCUCCGCCGUCGUGCUCAACCUCCUCGCGCGCUACAAGCUGCUACGCCCGCAGGCCUCCGCGGAGGACACCGUGCUCGACUACGUCGUGACGGGCUCGUGGAGCAAGAAGGCCGCGGAGGAGGCGCGGCGGCUCGGCGGGAGCACGGUGCGCACGGUCGUCGACGCGCGCGUGUACUCGAAGGACGGGAAGGCGUUCGACAACAUCCCGCCGCACGCGGAGUUCGCGUUCUCGGCGGACCCCGCGCUGAUCUACUACUGCGAGAACGAGACGGUGGACGGGGUCGAGUUCGCGCACGACGCGCAGAGCCCCGCCGCGUUCCCGUUCCACCUCCUCCCGCAGAACACGCUCGUGCCGCUCAUCGCGGACUACUCGUCGUCGUUCAUGUGCCGCCCGAUCCCGCGCCUCGCGGACCACGCGGUCAUCUAUGCGGGCGCGCAGAAGAACAUCGGCCCUGCGGGUCUGACCGUGCUCAUCGUCCGGGAGGACUGCAUCGUGGACGUCGACGCGGCGGCGAAGCUUGGCGCGGCCCCCGUGCCCCUCAUUCUCUCGUAUAAGACGCUCGCGGACUCGGGGAGCUUGUACAACACUCCCUCGGUACUCGCGAUCUACAUGGCCGGCCUCGUGGUGAAACGCAUGAAGGAGAAUGGCGGCCUGCCCUACUACGAAGAGGUAAACAGGCGUAAAGCGAAUAAGCUCUAUGCCGCAGUGCACGAAGGAGAGCAAAAGGGCGUCUUCAGGAGGAAGGUACAGCAGGGCUCCGAGAGCUGGAUGAACGCCGUCUUCGAAGUGCUCGGAGAGGGCGCGGAAAAGAAGUUCCUGGACGGUGCAGAAAAGGAGGGCAUGAAGGGCCUCAAGGGACACAGAUCCGUUGGAGGCGUCCGGGUCUCGUUAUACAACGCGGUCACCGAACAGGAGGUCGACAAACUGAUUGCAUACAUGGCACGUUUCCUGGCCGAGUCCGCGAGCGUGGAGGCGGCGGCGUAAAAAGUGCAGACGGACAACACAAACGAAAUUGUACAGUAAUCGGGAAUGUACAUACGAAGACUUCGUCUGCGUCCUGCU